ACGUAAUCGGCGAGCUAAACGUCUGUAAAGUGAACGAAACGGAGGUUUCGGGAACAAAUUACUCUUAUCGCUAGCGAAGAGAUAUGAAAUUUAUAUUUUUAUCGAAAAACUGUGCAGUUCACUUGUACAAGUGUUGAUUGUGAUGCGGAUGUGUAUUGAUUAGAACUAGACGUGGAACCAAGUGCAGUUUUACCAAGUCAGAGUUAUCUGAAGCCACCCUUGAUAAUUUGUGCUUUAUUAGUGACAACGGUCGAGUAGAACGCAGAAAUGCAGGCGAUUAAAUGUGUAGUGGUCGGUGACGGAGCCGUCGGUAAAACAUGUCUACUAAUCAGUUACACCACAAAUGCCUUCCCGGGAGAGUACAUACCUACAGUAUUCGACAACUACUCAGCUAAUGUCAUGGUGGACGGCAAACCCAUUAACUUGGGACUAUGGGAUACGGCGGGUCAAGAAGACUACGACAGACUGCGACCUCUAUCCUACCCACAGACAGACGUCUUCCUUAUAUGCUUCUCGCUCGUCAACCCAGCUUCAUUUGAAAACGUGCGAGCUAAGUGGUUCCCCGAAGUCCGGCAUCAUUGCCCGUCGACGCCCAUCAUCCUGGUCGGCACCAAGCUGGAUCUUCGCGAAGACAAGGACACCAUUGAGAAGCUGAAGGACAAGAAGCUCGCGCCCAUUACCUACACACAGGGUCUGGGCAUGUCUAAGGAGAUCAGCGCAGUGAAGUACCUGGAAUGUUCGGCGCUGACACAGAAGGGGCUGAAGACAGUGUUCGACGAGGCCAUCCGUGCCGUGCUGUGUCCCGUGCAGCCUAUCAAGCCAAGGCGGAAGUGUAGACUGCUCUAAGGAUCGUCUAACACUCGCAGAUAAGAUAGCGUAGUACAGACGUGGAUGCCAGUGUUUACAGCAUAGCUUACAUUAGAGCACCAACAUCAGUAUCAAUGUGCUAAACACGAGCGCUGUAAUCAAAUGGACUGCAAUAAAUGCAUACAUAGAUGUUAAUUUCUACUGUUAAAGUACGCAUUAUUAUAAUAUGUAACGUGGGUUGGUGUGAGUGAGCUCCGUUCUAUGUAUAACGCUUUUUUAUAUCGACCGGAUAUCCCGUCACUGGCAGUUUUAGGCUGUACAAAGUUUGUCCUUUGCCUACUUGUUCGCAGUUGUCUAUGGAUUCUUUUUUUUUUUUGUAUCGGUAAUACUGUCGUGAAUUUCUACCUCUAGCCACUGUUCGCCAUUGCAAAUGUUUUAUUGUAUUGUAUAUUGUUUGAUAAAGUAAUAAUACCACCGUCUGUCAGUGGCUGUAAGGUCUUAUCCGAGUAUAACUCAUGUCUGGGUGCUUUAUCGUGAACCUGACCGUUGCUAUAACGAACAUGUUACUACAUUCCUACAUCUAUGAUAUUCGGGUACAAAAAUACUUGGUCGCUUCUAAACGGUUGUUUAAAAAAUGGAAUUGUUGAAAUUUGUGUUUGCCAGAGAUUAUAUUUUUCGAUUUAUUAUUGCUUUUUAUUUGUUUCCACAUUGUUGUAUCAAUGUUUUUAAUGUCGAAAUAAACUCGUAUACAUUUUCGUCCUUAUUUCUUGCUGUUAAGGUUCAAUUUGUGUACGAGUCGUCGGCUAAUACUAGUGGCGUAAUAAGUACAGCAUUCGUUCGUAAGAAAAUGUUUAAUCAUUAAAGUUUCGUAUCAUUGUAUAUUUAAUUAAUUAAAACGUUAUAUAUGUACCUUUACCUUUGUAUGAUGUAAACUGUAUUUCGUUAAUAUGCUACGCAGUUUCCGGGAUAAAUUGACUUCGAUGUGAUUCGUAGAUUAUAAUGUCUUAAAUAAGGGAACCCACUGUACUGUACAAAACGAAUACCCAAGCACACAAUCCUGCAUUUACUAAUUCAAUAGUAACAUUUUAACAAUUAAACUAAUACUAAAGUCUGCUUUCAUUGAAAAACUAGGAAUAUUUGACCAAUACGCCAUCUAGCAGAUAAUAGCUGUUGCAUUUUAUCUAACAUUCAAAUUUGAACCUAACGUGGUCGUUUUAAGCCGUCUAUUGCAUUGCUGCGAUUUCUUUCUCUAAACUGGCUAAAAGCUUGAGAGUAAAAGCGCCGCGUGAAUGGUCAAUACUUAGAUACAUAUCGUUGGUAAAGUGUAGCUAUGCUAUCGUGACGUCAUUGUGAUGCUAGUGGCCAUAGAUUUGCCGUUUUGAACCUUAUCUUAUGGAAAAUAAAGCCAACUGUCCUUUCACAUGUAAUAAAUCGUGGAACUAUGGUCCCUAGCGCAGUUCUCAGUAAGCAACAAUAUUGUAUCGCAAACGUUUAGUCUUCUACGGCUAAUGUAAAACCGCACAACUACUUUUAGCAUUACCCGACCGGGUCGCGAUGGUCAGCCUACAACUGUUCGAACGUCUCGCUCGCCGACCUCCCCGACUCGGUCGUAUUACUGUCACGGGAGGCAUUUUUCGCUGAAAAUGUGAUAAACGGGUUUAGGCUCUAAUUGACUGUCUAGACAUUUUACUCGGCCUUUAGAUUGAGAAGCUUUUUUUACCUUGUACGCCUAACUUCACGAUUGUCGUAGACUACAGAGUGCUAAGUGCGAGCUAUUUUUACGUUAAUGUGAUUGGACAGUUACAGCGUUCAGCCCUCUGAUUGGUUGUUUAACUUCUUAGCCAAUCAAAGCGCCGAACGUCAUAAACGCGUGCUUUGACUUAACGUAAAGUCAACUCGCACUAGACACUCUGAUCGUUUCUUUUAGCAAAUAAAAUGGCACUAAGUUAAUUACUGUCUAAAUCCACUCCUAAAAUAUAAAUGUUUAUUAUAAGUGAAACAGUACACGUAAGUUUGUGUUUAAGUGUGCAAUUGUUGUUGCUUGACACCGAACGCGGCACGCCGUAUGUCUAGAUGCCAUACAGAUUUAUUU